AUGGCUUUAAAACUCACUGCAGCUAUACAUAAAAAUAGAAUUUAUUUGUUGAGUUCAACUAAGGCAUUUAGUAAUAAAGCUACGCCAGAGAUACCCAAAAAUAAACUAGAAAAUCUUAUAUCUGCCCAAACACAACAAGAAAAUGGUGUGAUUUAUGAUAAGAAACCCAUCAGAAUGAGAUUAGAAGCAGGCAAAAAAUACUCUUGGUGUCUAUGUGGAAGGAGUCAUAAACAACCUUUCUGCGAUGGAACACACAGAACGCAGGAAUUGAGAAUUAAGCAAAAACCUAUUAGAUUUGUAGUAGAAGAAACCAAGGACUAUUGGUUGUGUAACUGUAAACAUACUGCAAAUAGACCUUUCUGUGAUGGUACCCAUAAGGGUCCUGAAGUACAAGAAAAUACUUCAAUAAUAAGACAGUAA